AUGAGAGUUGGGAUUAAUCGUAACCAGACUCGAAAAAUGUUCUCAACAAAAUCAGAAAAUGCUCCUAGUUCAACCGUAACUGCUACUAUUAAUAACUGUUUUUCUAUUAGUCAUCUUUUGCAAGUCACGACUACUUCUUCUUGCUCUUCCGUACAAGAAUCUGAUACUACUGAUGCUAAAUAUAACUCAAAAAGAAAUGAAGAAAGUCCUGGAACAUCAAGAAAGUCACUUCCUAAUAUGUUAUUACCAUCUGACAAUUCUGAAGCAAAAACCGACAAAAAUGUAUUCAGUGGUAUGCAAAGUAAUAACUGUAAACAAUCUAACUUUCCAUUACCUUUAAAUUCAGCAAUGGAUAUAUUAAAUCAGCCAGACUCUUUUUUAGAUUCAAAAUCUGUUAGUGCUACUACUACUAUCGCACCACAUUUAGAUGAAAAAUCAUUAUUACCAUAUGCUGAAACAAGUAUACCGUUUUGGUUAAAUUGUGCUGCAGCAACUGCUGCUGCAAUACCAUUUGAACAAACAUUUUUGAUGGCUCAAAGAUCAGCAGCAAUACUACCUAAUUUGUGGGCAUCUUCGACAAAUGCAGAUGCAUUACGACUAGUUGCAGCCAGCAAAUCAUAUCGACGAAGGAAAGCACGUACUGUAUUUUCAGAUCAACAACUACAAGGUUUGGAAAAAAGGUUUGAAACGCAACGGUAUUUAUCAACACCCGAACGUAUUGAACUCGCUACUGUACUUAACCUAAGCGAAACGCAGGUGAAAACAUGGUUUCAAAAUCGACGUAUGAAGCAUAAAAAAAUUGUUCGAAAACAAGGUGAUGGCUGCAUUGGAAGUGAAAACACUGCUAACAAGUCAAGUAAUAUGGAUUCAGACAAAGAAUGA